UCAUUAGUGGCUCUCACACUCCUCCAAGUGCAAGUGGGGAAGUUCAAAGUCAUUCUUUUACGCCACUAUCCAUUCUACAACUUUUGUGUAUAGUUAUUGUUCGCUAAUAGGAAGCUAGGGUUGUGAUGACUUUUUAUUAGAUGAGUUGACCUAGUGUAAAAUCAAAACAAGGGUAUAAUUGUCAUUAUGAAAAAUAUGUUUAAAUAAUAAUAAAAAAAAAUAAAAAUAUUUUUUUAUUUUCGGCCCAAAAUUUUGGUCGUCGAAAUUCUGCCACCGGUCGCCGAAAAAUGCUCGCUGGUCACCGGAAUAUGCUUUUUGUCGCCGGAAUAUGCUAUUUUUAUCAUCGGAAUAUGGCACCGUCGCCGGAAUAUGCUCACCGCGGUCGGAAUAUGCUUACCGGUGUAGGAAUCUAGUCAUCGGGGCCGGAAUAUGCCUAUCGGCAUCGGAAUCUACUGACGGUCAUCGGAGUUCGGUCAACGAACUUCGUUGGCCGGUCAACGGUCAACGACCACCGGAUGUAUGGUCUACAUUGUGAGAUUUAUGGUUUGGUUUCUCAUAUUUUCGUAUGCCUUUUGUGGUUUGCUUUAUCGUGUUUGUGGUUUGCAUUGAGAAGUUUCUGGUUUGUUUUAUCGUGUUUGUGGUUUGCAUUGAGAAGUUUCAGGUUUGCUUUCAAAAAUUUUGUGGUUUGCAUUGAGGGGUUUUUGGUUUGUUUUAAUAUAUUUGUGGUCUGCAUUAGGACGUUUAUGGUUUGCUUUUUUGUGGUUUGAUUUACUGUGUUUGUGGUUUGUAUUAGGAGGUUUCUGGUGUGCUUCGCAAAUGUUGUGGUUUGCUUUGUGAGGUUUGUGGUUUGUUUUAGGAGAUUUGUGGUAUGCAUUAGGAGGUUUCUAGUUUGCAUUAAGAAGCAACUGGUGUGCUUUCGAAACUUUUGUAGUUUGCUUUGCGAGGUUUCUGGUUUGUUUUAAUAUAUUUGUGGUCUGCAUUAGAACGUUUUUUUGUUUGCUUUACCUUGUUUGUGGUUUGCAUUUAGAAUAAUGUAUGGUUUGUUUUCGGAAUGCAAACCACAAACACUUUUAUUAUUGUCUUCUACAUGUAGCUUCUGUAAAUGUGCAAGAGAGAUGAUGCCAUAAAGAUACAAAUAAGAGGCCAUUAUUAGUGUCUUCUAUAUGUAAUUCUGAACAUAUAAUGUAUAUCCUUGUCGUUUCUUAGGCUGCUUAUACAUAUAAAUGGCAUCGGCGGCGGGAUCUUCAUGAUCGUCAGCUUAUAGAAGUUUGGACUGGUAAUUUUAGAGAGAGAGAGAGAGAGCGAGAGUACUAUUGUUGAAGAAAUGGAAGCAGGAGGAAGAAUGGAAUUCGAGGAUCAACCAGAGCUUCACCAAGAAGAAGACGAAGAGGAAGAAGAACAUGAAGACGAAGAAGAGGCCGAUGAAAUGGAGAGGUUAGGUCCGACGGGGGCGACUCACGAUUUGGUAGGAAAUAACAACAUUAAUGCUAUUGAUAGUCCCUCCAGCUCCCGACCAAAAACAAGCACCGCUACCGGCGCACAUCAACAAACGUCGGCGGCAGCGGCGGGGACACCGACGAGGAGCAAAUACAGAGAGGGCCUCGAGCGGGGUUUUCGAGCUGAUGUGGCGCGCCACCUCGUCCUCGGCGGGGGAGAUGUAGACGGCGGUGGCGAGGAACCAAGCGAUGGUGGUGUCGAAUGCGUACUUGAGCAUGCCGAGCUCGUCGGCAAGGGGGAAAGUUUCGGUGCCAAAGAUGUCGACGACGAGGGCGGUGGGCGGGGUGGGCAGGGCGGAGAUUGCGGAGCGGAGGUUGGGGAUGGAGUGGCGCAUCAUGGCGAGGAGCUUGGUGACGAUGUGGUCGGAGGGCUGGACGUGGUGCGAGAAGUCAGCGGCCGGGAGGGGAACGAUGGAGAUGUUGGUGAUGGUUGCGGGGCAGGAUUUGAGGAGGGAGUAGGUGGCGGCGGUCGUCGGUGGCGACGACGAAGAUUGGUGUCUCCGCCUCCGUCGCGGGCAUUUUGGGGGAGAGAGGGCCUGAGAUGGCGACGAUGAGAUCUGAAUGGGAGAGAGGGUGAAAUAAUUUUUUUUAUUAUGUUUAUUGUCAUUUACAGUUAUGCCCUUGUUGUUAUAAUUCUAGUUAAAAUAAAAGGGGUGUUGUUAUUCUAUCCUGUCCCCUUGUUUGCUAGGUUUUCAUCUAUGAUUUUUUUGCAUAAAUCAUCGCAUUUGCCCACCAUUUUGCAGCCCAUCUCGAAAUACUGUUGGCAGGAUUCUAAAUUGUUCCCCACCAUCGUUUCCCAAGGCAGCUACCACAAGUUUUGUAUCAUGACCGAGUUUCAACCUCGUUAGUGUUUUUCUUUUUCCUUUUUGUUGAGCAUGAUCACAAUUGAACCCAAUGUCGCUAUCGAAAAUCCAUACUAUAUUUACUCAAUGUUGGCGAGUUUUGUAUCGGGACCGAGUUUCGUUCACUUUAGUGUUUUUUUCUUUCACUUUUUCCUUUUUGUUGAGCAUGAUCACAAUUGGACCCAAAAUCCAUGGGUAUCCAACCUAAUUCGAUCCGAUCAAAGGGACUUGAAACGUACUUUAGCAUUCAUAAAUUUCUCUAUUUUUCUUCUUUUGGUUGGGUUGACAAUUGAACCCGAAUCUAAGGUUUUGAUGAGUGUUGUAUUGUGAGCGAGUUUUAUCCGCUUUUGUAGUUGGCAUGUUGGACCAAGUGUUAAUUUGUUAAAAAAUUGCUCAAAGUGAGUUGAACACAUUGUUGACCAGUUUUAGAGCGAAAGUGAGUUUUGUACGCUUUAAUGUUUUUUUAUUUCUCUUUUUCCUCUUCGUUGAGAAUGACAAUGGAACUUUAACCCAUUGUUGACACAUUUCGUAUUGAGAGCGAGUUUUAUCUACGUUUGUAAUUGACAGGUUGCGUAAAUUGUGAAUUUGUUACAACUGGGUCGACCCGGUCAAAGCUAGUUUAACGCAGAGUUGAGAGUUUGGGGUCAUGAGGGAGUUUUAUUCAUUUUAGUUUUUUUUUAUCUUUAGGUUGAGAAUGACAAUUGAGUUCAAACGCAUGGGUAUACAACCGAAUUCGACCCGACCAAAGCAACUUGACCCGAUUUUACAGGUUUUCGGCGGUAGCGAGUUUUAUCCGUUUUUGUAAUUGGCAUGUUGUGUCAGGUGUGAAUUUGUCCAAAACUCGGUCCAACCAGGUCAAAGUGAGUUGAACAUGGUGUUGACGAGUUUUGAGUCGGUUGCGAGUUUUAGAUUUAGUGUUUUUCAUUUUGCCUUUUCCCUUUUGUUUGAGAAAGACAAUUGAACCCAAAUCCAUGGGUAUCCAACCUAAUUUGAUCCGAUCAAUGCGAGUUGAACCUACUCAAACCUGCAAUCAGUCCAAAAAUUUCAUAAAGGAGAACCACGAUUACCUCAAACCAAAAGAGUACGACUAUGUUUGGCUCGAAUUUUAGAAGUUUUAUGUUUCCAAUGUUGAAGCCAAGCCAAACACCUCUAAAGUUUCGCUUUUAAAAAACUGAAGUUUUUCGUAACUUGGAAGCAGAAGUUCCGAUUUGAAAAUACAAAAUUGUACUUACCAUAUAUUAUUCUUUUUCUAGAAAAAAUAAUUUUCUUUCAUUUAUAUCAUUAUAAAAAAUAAAUUAAAAAUAGUAUUAUUUAAUAUGAAUAAAUCUAACGUGAUAUAUUUUAAAUAUUUUUUUAUUUUUAGAAUUUGCAUUCAUAUUUUAUGAUAGAAAUCGUUUUAGUCAUUUUACAUUACCUCUUAUAUUAGAAAGUAAUUAUGAUAGUUUUUCAGCUAAGCACUCAACAGUUUUUUUUUAAUACUUCUUGAAAAGAUCCAGAGAACUUGCUUCAUUCUCCAAAAAUUACAAAAUGAUCAAUUACUAGUCAUACAAAUUGAAACAUUAGCGUCAUGAAAGAAGUUUAAACAUAAAUAAUCUAUUUGACGACCCUUCUACCUUAUAAAAGUUCAUCGACUAUAUGCUAUUGUAAAUAACAAACCUAUGAUAAGAAUGAAAUAAGAUUACUUUCACUUAUGGGUCAACAUUAAAACUAUUACUCUUUAAAAUAUUUAUUUUUCUAAUACGCGAAGCGAUAGCGAGCGGGCUUUUGCUAGUAAUAAUAAUUCAUAUAUAAAAGCCUAACAUUAAGGUUACUAUUCAUUAGUAGCCCCCAAACUUCUCCAAGUGCAAAUGGGCAACCUUUAUGUGUUUGUUUUUCUUCACUCACAUAUCAUUCUCCUAAGUCCUAAGUCUCUAAAAUUUGGAGAACCUCCUAUUACCCCACUCUCUCAUUUCAUACCAUUUGUUUCAACUUUUGUCCAUUAGGUUUGCACAAUCUAAUGUCCAUUUACUCAAAUCUCUCUCAAGUGUCUUCUUUUACCCAACUCUUCUUUUGCUAGUAAUAAUCUAAUGUGCAUUUGUUAGAUCGACCCGGUCAAAGCGAGUUAAACACCGUGUUCAUGAGUUUUGGAUCGAUGACGAGGUUUGCCCGCUUUAAUGUUUUUUACUUCUCUUUUUCCGUUUUUUUGUUGAGAAUGACAAUUGAACCCAGAUCCGAUGCUGAAGAGUUUUGUAUUGAGAGUGAGUUUUAUCUGCUUUUAUUAUUGACAUGUUUGGUCGAGUGUGAAUUCUUUAAAAACUUGGUUUAACCCAAUCAAAGCGAGUUGAACUCAACGUCGAGAGUAUUUGGUAGGGAGUGAGUUUUAUUUGCUUUAGUGUGUUUAUUUAUUUUUUCCCUUUGGUUGAGAAUGACAAUCGAACUCAAACCAAGGUAUCCAAUCUAAUUCAUCUGAUCAAAAUGACCUGAACUCAAUAUUUACAAGUUUUUGACCGGGAGUGAGUUUCAUUCGCUUUUUUAAUUGGCUUGUUGGGUCAAGUGAAUUUUGUUAAAAAAUUGGUUCAAUCCGAUCAAAGCGUGUUGAACCUGUUGUUGCCGAGUUUUGGCUCGUAAGCGAGUUUCAUCCGCUUUAGUGUUCGUUAAUUUUUCCCCUUUUGAUUGAGAAUGCUAAUUGAAUCUAAAUUCAUGGGUAUUCAACCUAAUUCGGCCCGUUCAACACGAGUUGAACCUCCUCAAACUUGUGAUCGGCCCUGAAAUUCUAUAAAAAAAGAGAAUCAAGAUUAACUUAAUAAAAAGGGUUAAUACCUUAGUUUGGCCCGAAGUUUAGCGUAAGUGACAGUUUUGGCCUCAUUUUUCAAAUAAGACAUUUAUGGCCUACUUUUGAAACUAUUAGCCAAAUUUGGCCCAAAAUUUUCUUUGACCGUUAAUAUUGACGGUAAAAACUAUUCCGUUAGUGACUAAGCAAAAAACCACUGAUGUGACAUGCCAUGUCAUUAAAUAGUAUUAUUUUAAUUUUAUAGUUCAAUUGAAAUAAAAAUUAUCAAAUUAAAAAAAUCUCUUAUUAUCACAAAAUUCCCAAAUGGAGGAGACCAACAAAAAAAAAAUUCCCAAAUGGAGGCAGGCGCUUCCAAAAACUAAGCAAAGGAAAAAAUUUAUGUAAUUAAUGUUCCAAAAUAAUCUCCAUGAUUCGUUCCCCGCAUUCCAAAUUUCCAAUUUCUUUUUGUCACCAGUGGAUUCCUUUUCAAUCCCCGACAGCAGGCACCGACCGGACCAAAUGUUUUAGUCUCGGCGUCGACCCCAGUAUAAAUCGAUUUCAAUGUUUUAGAAAUAUAUAUACAUACAGAUAACUGUCGUCGAAUGUUUUUUUAUUUAUUUUAGUGUUUGAAUUUGGGGAUUUUGGGAUAAUAAGUGAAAAUUUCAUAAUUUUUUAAUUUAAUUGAAUUAUAAAAUUAAAAUAAUAUUAUUUAAUGAGGUGGCAUGCCACAUCAAUGUUUUUUUUUUUCUUAGUCACUAACGGAAUAGUGUUUGACCGUCAAUAUUAACGGUCAAAGAAAAUUUUGGGUCAAAUUUGUCCAGUAGAUUCAAAAGUAGACCAUAAAUGUCUUAUUUGAAA